UACACUUAAUCUUGUAUCUAAUUACGUAUAAAUAUUUCCACGUUAUCAAACCACUUUCUAUAUAUUAUAUUUUUGAUCAUUUAGUUUAAUUAAUGUCAGAGAAGCCUCCCCAUAGAAGGCUUCCGGGCAACCGGAAAUUCAGGCCUCUACAUUCUUUGACGUCGUCUACUCGUAAAUUUCCAACUCGUCAAGUAGUAAUUCGCCGAAAGCCAAAGAAGCCGUUGAAUAAGUUCAUUAGAAGAUGCUACUCGGAGCCUGUGAUGGAUCACUAUAUCGAUGUUGUUGGUGGCACGGUUGAUGAUCACGAAGAAGACGUAUUUAUCCAACCUCAGGCUUGUGGCGACGCCUGCUGGUCGUCACCGGAUAUAGUGUUUCCAUAUUCUCCACAAAAUGUUGAGGGGUACAAGGAGGAUUCAAAGGUGGUGAUGAAUGUAACAGUUGAGGGAAGCCCAGGACCGGUCCGAGCAAUGGUAAAAUUGGGUUCAAGUGUAGAGGAAACAAUGAAGAUAGUUAAAAGACAAUACAUGUUAGAAGGCAGGAGUCCUCAACUUGAUCAAUGUUCCAUUUCAGCCUUUGAGUUGCACUCAUCUUACUUCAGUCUCCAAUGUUUGGAUGCAUCAGACAAGAUCGGAGACAUAGGUAGCAGGAGUUUUUUCAUGCGUAAAUGUUCAAACGACGACUCCUACAUGAGAUCUGGCAUUAUUUCAACGAAGACAAACAAUUCUGCACCUCCAAAUCCGAUCAUUCUCUUCCCCCAUUUUAUUUCUCAUAACUUUAAAAAAAUUGGGAGACUGUCGAACAAACUUUUGAGAAUAUUUGGUUGCGUUGAUGAGUGAUUUUUUGUUCAACCCCAACGUCAUGUAUACACCCUAAUUGAGAAUAUGAUGAUGGAUGAUUAUGACUA